CUAGACAAAUCCUAAUAAUGUGCUUAAAUUAAAUGUCCUUAUUUUCAAUAACCAUUUUGACCCAGGUAAGUAAGCUUUAUUUAACACAAUAAAUCAAAUGGCUUUGAAUGAAAAUGUGCAAUUCAUGAAUCUCUCAUAUGGUAAUAGGAUGACCAAAUUAUGGGAAAUCCCUCUAUUUGGGCCUGCAGCCUAUAUAAGACUAUAAAUGUAUUAAUCAUGAAUAGUGUUCACUUGAGGUCAAUACUUAAAGACAUUCCUCAACAGAGGCCAUGAACAUCCUGAUUGGUGAGUAGUGAUGAGGAAAUACUUGUAAAUGCUGCUUUCUCUUCCUCUGCUGAUCAACUCCAGAAACAGCACAGAGACUCUUAACUGAUAGCACUGCAUAGUUCAUUUUAACUCAUCUGGACCUUUUUUAAGAAGUAAAUAUUAUAUUUAUUAUAACUUUACUUCUGCUCAAACUGCUAACUGUGGUAUGUUGAACUGCUGUAGUCACUUCUGGCUUAGGUUUCACAUUACAUGGACUAUUCUGAACUCAUGCAGUUAUUUAGCCUGAGGGGAGGCAUGCCCAGUGCUGUAGCACAGAGGAGCUGCUGAGGAGAGACACACGCUUUGUUCUCUCUCUACCACACACACUCGCACACACACUGUGCUGGUGGAUGUAAGAAGGGAUUGUUUUUGAUGCCUCUACGGUUCUUGAUUCUUCUCCCCUCUCAGUUUUCGUCCUUCACUGCUCCAUGGCCACUCUCGCCCGCAGCGCGCCUCUGCAGCCGGAGAUGGGCGCACUUGUUGAGGGAACGCAGUUCCAGGAGAUCGUGCUGAGGAGCCGCAGCUUGAUAGAAAAGAUCCUGCUCUCCAUUCCCGACACACACAAAGAAUGCAUUCACAUCGAGACACUAAAACUAAAUUCUUCAGAAAAUGCCAAUUUUGUGACAAUGGCAUCCACCAUCGGCAUCCCGGCUGCUCCUGUUCUCAAAGUGGUGUCAGAAAACUUCUCUUUGGAGACCGGUUUGAGACGCAUGUCAGAGGGUCUUCAGCUGCACCGGGCCUUACUGCGCUCCGUCUCUCCUCGGCUAGAACAGAAAGACAGAGUGAUCGGGCUACAGGCUGACAUCAGAGACCUCGUGGUUCAGAUCAAUAAGAUGCUGAAAAUGACCCACGCCGAGGCUGUGGUGCAGCCCUCUCCGACCCCCGUGGCCUUGCGUCUCCCGGGGGAAUAUGAGGUCCAGGUGGCGGCUCACCUGACCCUGGUCCAGCUGCAGGCCUUCGGGCAGGACACGACGCGCUGCCUCAGAGGUCUGGACCGGAGCAAUGACGAGGAAAUGCAGAGCUGACUAACAUUUUUACUCUAAUUGCAUUUGGUUUUUGUCCAAAUCAUACCUUUUAUCUGUCAUUUUUUACCACGGUUAAUAUUUAUUUAUGUUAAAUGAUUAUAUAUUUAUUUUUGUAAUCUAUUUAUAUAUAUUUAUGAAUGUGGAAUAUUUAUUUAGGGAAUUAAUUUAUGAUAAGUGUGUCCUGUUUUAUUACGUAGCAUUGACUGUAAAUUAAAUCUUCUUUAAUUUAGUCUGAAAAUAAUUUAAAUGGUUCAAAUACUAUACUAUAAAGCGAGGUUCAAUGAUAAUAAAGCAGAACAGAACAUUUACAGACAGCUUUUUACUUUGUAAUAACUACUUUCUCUCAGCAGAGACAUUCAUCUUCUUAUUAUAGACACAUGCAUUUCCAAACAUUCGGUCUACCUACGCUGUAAAAUGUAUUAUCUCUUCGACUUACACACGGCAUCUAUUGCACGUCUGU